UACUGUUUAUUUAUUUUUAUAAGACUUUAAGUAUGCCUUUAAAUUUAUUUCUUCAUUUAAUUAGAUUUUCUAUUUAUGUCUUUUCAUUCUCUGUCGGUUUAUAUUUUAAACCCUCUUGUCAAAAACCCACUUCUCAGAAACCUCUCUUUUGUCUUUCGGAUCCAAGAGAACGUAUUGCUUUCAAUGGAAAUCCAAGAUUCAAUCUUAAUAGCAGUGAGUGGUUUAGGUUUCGUUAUUCUCAUCAAACAAAUGUUCAUUUUCUUGAAGGGAGUACGGGUCAUGUUCUUGAGACCACCAAAGAAUUUGAAGAAACAAUAUGGUUCAUGGGCAAUAAUCACUGGCUCCACCGAUGGAAUUGGCAAGGCUCUUGCGUUUGAGCUAGCAUCAGAGGGCCUUAACCUAGUUUUGGUGGGUCGAAAUCCUUCAAAACUUGAAGCUACAUCCAAUGAAAUACAAGCAAGAAACGGAGAGAAUAAGCAAGUUCAAAUUAAAACAAUUCUUCUCGACCUUGCAAGGUCAAAUAGAGAAGAGAUAUCAAGAGAAAUAGGGGAUGCUAUUCAAGGGUUAGACGUUGGUGUUCUGAUUAACAGUGCAGGAGUGGCAUAUUACCCUACGUACUUUCAUGAGGUUGGUCAGGAACUGAUAGAUAGUGUAAUAAAAGUAAAUGCAGAGGCAGCAACUUGGGUUAACAGGGCAGUGAUUCCUGUUAUGAUGAGAAAGAAAAAAGGUGCAAUUGUUAAUAUUGGAUCUGCAUCAUCUGCUGUUUUCCCUUCCUACCCGCUAGUUACAGUAUAUGCUUCUACCAAAGCGUACCUAGAAAUGUUGUCAAGAUGCAUCAAUUUGGAAUACAAGCAUCAUGGAAUUGACAGUCAGUGUCAGAUUCCACUAUUUGUGGCAACAAAAAUGACAAGGCUCGAAUCUAGCUUCUUGGUAUCAUCAACAGAAAUGUAUGCAAAAGAAAGCAUAAGAAGGAUUGGUUAUGAGCAACUAUGUGCACCCUUCUGGAUGCACUCUCUGCAGUGGUCUAUAUUGCAAGCAUUGCCAGAUUCUGUGGUUGAUUGGCUUCUUCUUCGCAUCCAUAAUUUUCUGAGGAAGAAAGGAUUAGAGAAUGAUCCUCUACUUAAUCAAGAGAUUUGUGUUUAUGACAUAUUGUGUUUAGCUCUCUUUGGGGAUUAAUUUGAAAUUGGCUUUUUGUUAAUAGUUUAUUUAAAAAAAAAAAAAAAAAACUCAACAUUGCAUCCCUAGCUAAUGCAACUAUAAUAAUAAAUAAAUAAAUAAAUUUGUUGAUUAUAUUA